AUGGCGACGCAGGGCCGGAACGCUGUAACGGGCAACUCGCGCAAGGCGUCGAGCAAGCCCGAGUCCCUCAAUCACCUCCUCAACUUCACCCUCCCUCCGCGCCAAACCCAACAGCUCCAGCCUAUACCGAGGCGUAGCAGGAAGACUGGCAACCAACAUGGGAUAUGGAAUAAGGAGCGGUUUAUAAUGGCACAGUACCGUUUCGUCAUGAACCCUGAGGGUGAUUAUACCGUGCACUUUGCGGAUCCAGACAUAUACUUUCAAUGGCAAGACAUACUGCAGAUUAUAAUCCCCCGCAACUCGGCUCUAGCUUCGGCUACCGGCGCUGAAGGUCAUUCGCACGAGGAGGGGCAUACGACUUGUCCUAUCUGCCUAUCUCCCCCUACGGCGCCUCGUAUGACGAAAUGCGGACAUGUAUUCUGCUUUUCAUGCAUCCUGCACUAUCUCAGCACAUCGGAUAAUCUCAAAUGGGUCCGUUGUCCGAUCUGCUUUGACUCGGUCAACGAACGACAGCUCAAGGCCGUCAAAUGGUUCGACGCACCUUCACCUCCUGAGGACCGUGAUGCGCCCGCCGCCUCCUCAUCCUCCACCGGGAGUUAUGCAGGUGACGGCGCACCGCGACCGGGAACAACACUGCACAUGCGCUUGAUGGAACGUCCGCAGAUAACUACGCUCGCGCUACCCCGGAGUCCGACCUGGCCCUCCGACCUUCUCCCGCCUCAUCAGGCGCCAUGGCACUUCCUACCGGACAUUCACACCUUUUCCAAGUUCAUGCUCGCGACACCUACCUUCCUUACCGAGGCUUUACAGGCCGAUCUACGAGAUCUGGCAGCCGAGAAGCGCAGCAUGUUAGGACUGGGCGAUACGGUUUCGGCCGCCUUCAUCGACGCGGCCGAGCAGCGUUUGCAUGACCAGAUAGCGAAGGCAACCGCACUGGAUACAGAGCUCCUGCGGGCAUCGGUCGAGCGCGCUCUGGCCAUCCAGCAUGACAUCGAGGAACGUGCUGCACUCAACAAGCGGCGUCUGGCAGAGCAGCAACGACCCUCUACGCCAGCUACAGAAGAUACACCGGAAGUCGUCACCCCCACACAACGUGGUCCACGUCAACGAAGGAAUAUAAAUCCGCCACCGCCGAGUACGCAGACGUACUACUACUACCAGGCCUCAUCCGGCGCACCCGUCUUCCUUCACCCCUUGGAUAUCAAGAUCCUGCACUCGCACUUCGCCGGCUACACGUCCUUCCCAGACGCGAUCACCGUUCGCGUGGAGAACACCGCCGAGGGCUCGGUCGACGCGGAUCUGCGGAAACGCUGCAAGUACUUGGGCCAUUUACCAGAGGGCGCGGACGUCGUAUUCGUCGAGGCAGACUUGUCAGAUGUUGUCGGGCAGGAUGGGCUGAGGGCGUUCGAGGGUCCGCUCAAGGCGCGCAAGUCCAAGCGUGAGAGCAAGGUCAAGAAGGAUGAUCGCGCGCGUGUGCGUGCAGAAGAGCGUGAACGCGAGAAGUUCGCAGAGGCGAACUGGAGGCAGACCGGGGUGUACAUCCCAGCCGUGCGGGCGCCUUCACCCGUUGGGUUUGAGGAGGAGUCGACUGAGCCCGCGGUCAGCGCAUCACCGCCUGUUGUCAGCGGUGCCUGGGGUGCGAGGAGUUUCGCGUCGACGAUGGCUGCUCCUGCGGUCAGGAGACAGCAGCCAGAGCAUGAGGCGGAUGAGUGGGAGCUGGAUGCGGCGUGGCAUGAGCUUGAGGCUCGGUCACUUGGAGGGAGUGCGGUCAGCAAUGGAGGUGGCGGUAGGAAGAAGCGUGGGAGGCAGGGCCAGAGCUUGGUUGUGCUCGGGAAUGGACCUGGCAGGAGGCGGUGA